AUGGCUGAUAAAGGACACCCUCUAGAAGCUGAGCAAGCCCCCUCCUGUGGGAUAUAUGAGAGGAGAAGGCGGAGUGCAGUGUGGGCUGGUGAUGGGCUGCAGGAAUGGCUCUGGGCACUGUGCAGGUCACUUCUGGAUGCUCUUUGCCAUGGCUUUGUGAGCUUUCAGCUUCUUCAGUAUGAAGCCAUCUGGGAGGUGGUGGCUUUGUCUCUGGACACACUGGUUCAGGAGGUGGUGGAUUCUCCUUUGGACACGCUGGUUCAGGAGGUGGUGGUUUUGUCUCUGGACACACUGGUUCAGGAGGUGGUGGAUUCUCCUUUGGACACGCUGGUUCAGGAGGUGGUGGUUUUGUCUCUGGACACACUGGUUCAGGAGGUGGUGGUUUUGUCUUUGGACACACUGGUUCAGGAGGUGGUGGCUUUGUCUCUGGACACACUGGUUCAGGAGGUGGUGGUUUUGUCUUUGGACACACUGGUUCAGGAGGUGGUGGCUUUGUCUCUGGACACACUGGUUCAGGAGGUGGUGGUUUUGUCUUUGGACACACUGGUUCAGGAGGUGGUGGCUUUGUCUCUGGACACACUGGUUCAGGAGGUGGUGGUUUUGUCUUUGGACACACUGGUUCAGGAGGUGGUGGCUUUGUCUCUGGACACACUGGUUCAGGAGGUGGUGGUUUUGUCUUUGGACACACUGGUUCAGGAGGUGGUGGCUUUGUCUCUGGACACACUGGUUCAGGAGGUGGUGGUUUUGUCUUUGGACACACUGGUUCAGGAGGUGGUGGCUUUGUCUCUGGACACACUGGUUCAGGAGGUGGUGGUUUUGUCUUUGGACACACUGGUUCAGGAGGUGGUGGCUUUGUCUCUGGACACACUGGUUCAGGAGGUGGUGGUUUUGUCUUUGGACACACUGGUUCAGGAGGUGGUGGCUUUGUCUCUGGACACACUGGUUCAGGAGGUGGUGGUUUUGUCUUUGGACACACUGGUUCAGGAGGUGGUGGCUUUGUCUCUGGACACACUGGUUCAGGAGGUGGUGGUUUUGCCACCAGACAGCCCCAGGAGCUUUCCUGUCCUUGCCCAUUCCCUUGCAUCAGGAAUCCUGCAUUACUGUGGAUCAGAGAGCAAAUCACCCUGCUCCUCUGCUGCAGAAGAUCUGCUAAAUCAGAAGCAAGAAGUGUCAAGUGGCCGUGCAGAGCACACGCGCGACCACGCGAGCGAAUCCGCUCGAUUGCAGCCUGGUAAUUUCCUGUAA